AUGUCACAUAUAAUAAAUACUGAUGAUGAUUUACUUGAAUGGCAAGAUGAUUCUGAAGUUAAUUCAUGUUUUAUUUGUGAAAGACCUUAUAAUAUUUUCUUUAAUAGAAGACAUCAUUGUAGAAAAUGUGGCAAAGUUGUUUGUGGUGAUUGUUCAUCACAAUUUAUAAGUUAUUUCCCUAAUACUCCAAUAGUUACUGAUCCAGAUGUAAUUGUUCCUCAAUAUUCUAAACUGCAUACUAAAUAUAGGACUUGUGAUCGAUGUGUUGAAGAAAUAUUAAUGAUUAGACGGGCAUUAUUUAAUAGUGACAAUAGAAGCCACACUACAAAUGCAUCAAGUGUGGAGACCAAUCAUGAUGGUGACAACCACCAUGGUGGUGGUGAAGAUGGCGAUGGCGAUGGCGAUGGAGAUGGCGAUAAUAAUAGUCUUACUAAACAUGCAAGUCAUCAAUAUACUCGACAUUUACAUAAUUCAACUCCAUCUUUAAAAGGACUUAGUCAUGAACUGUCAUCAGAUUCAAAUUUAUGUCCUGUUUGUGCUACUAAUUUAUUGAAAUUAUAUAUUGCUGAUAUUCAUUCUCAUGCUCAAGAUAAAACUUAUUUACAAAAAAUAUCUAAUGAAGAUUAUGAAAAAUUUAAAGAAUUUCAUAUUAAUCAAUGUUUAACUAAUUUUGAUUUUGAUACUAAUCAUUCUAAUAGAUUUUCUCCUGAUAAUCUGAAAACUUUAAAGAAUAAAAUGUUGGUUUAUAAUAUACCACCAAUCCCAAAACCAAUGUAUGAAAAUAUAGAAAGUGGAAGUAAUUCCUUACCUAUUGAAAAGACCACCAAUAAACUGGAAGAUUAUAAAAACGACAGUGGUGAUGAUUAUGAUGAUGAGUAUGAUGAAUGUGUGAUUUGUUUGGAAAGUUUAAAUCCUGGAGAUAAAGUUGGUCGAUUGGAAUGUUUAUGUGUUUUCCAUUACAAAUGUAUUAAAGAUUGGUUUAAUAAGAAAGGUUAUGGUGAAUGUCCUGUUCAUUUUCUACAUAAAUAA